UCUAAGCCGGAUUCAAACAAUGCAUAGAGAACUCACCCCCUGAUGCGGGAUAUAACUAAUAUCAUCUCACUAAUGAUGCUUAGCCUAGCUAUGUGCCAGGGUUAAGUCUAUGCACUGACAAAUGUCUGUGUGUUGAGGCAGUUUCCAGAACUAGAAUGUGAAUUUGGACUACUAGUUGAUUUACAGAAGCAUUUGAAUGAGCUUAUUUUUUGGCAGGAAACCAACUGAAAGAAAUGUAGUGCUCAGCUUGGUGUGGGGUUCUAGGACACAACCCUCCAAUCAGCAGCAGAACUAUGUUGUCUUUGACUGGUCUGUUAGUGUAGUCAUGGUAAUGUACUGUGGAUUAUCCAAAGUAUGUGGAAGUGGUCAGCACUUCCUCCAAGCGGUCCUGUUGAAAUUUGGCAUGCCCAUGGGUAAAUAAGAGUCAGGGUGGGCUUUUCUGGCAAAGGUCUUGCCAUGGAUGGGAUUGGAGACUGGCCCUCCAACAAAAUCAGAAAACGAAGAAGCCAGUCUCCCUUUCGUGAUGUUUCACCUGUACCGUCACAUUUCUCAGAACCGGUCUCAUUCUUACAACACCGGGAUGUAAUUGGUUGCCUUCCUCGCCUCCCUGGUGUAAAGGGGGCACCAAGGGAUGACGAUGAUGAUGACACUCGGAGUCACAAGAGCCUGCCAGCGGUGAUGACUGCAUUAACCCUCCAACCUAGACACAAUAGGUCACACAGAGUUUCUGAGAAUCAAGUCAUUUCCAGACUCCCUCCUCUUAUAAGCUCCAGGUGCAGUUUGAUUGUGAAAGGCACUGGGUGCAAAACUGACUUAAAACUCCCACCGAUCACAAAAUUCAGGAAUACUUGGAAGGAAAUGGUACCCCCAAGACCACCUUGCAGGGCUGGAUGCAGGCCGGAUAAAAUGGAAACCAAUUCAUCUAAACCUGUUCAUGCAUUCAUCCAUCCGAAAAUUGUACCUGUCGGCCAGACGGCUCUGUCUGUCAAGGUGCACAGUGUUCAAGGAAACGGGCCCUACUUGUCCCAUUCCAAAGCCUCUGGAGUGUCUCGGGGAUCUCGCAUCACUUUCCAGAGGCCUGUAGUGCAGGCAGUGUACCCCAUCAGUCCUGACACUGAGCAACAGAUGAGACAGACUGACAUAGCAUGCCAGUCCCUGAGGUCUGUACUGAAAAAAGGACAGGCACCAUAUGGCGGAGUGUUUAACUGCACACUGGUGCCCCACCUGCUAGAGCCAUUUUCUGGUUUCCAGGAGCAUCUGUGCCGCCAGAUCCUUCACUCUCCCCUACCUUAUCGCGCAGCUCUGCCGCAGGUCCAUAUACCUUGCCAACAGGACCAGGUGGAUUUGGUGCCUGCCCGCAGAGGCCCAUACGGCUCCCUGAUGGAACGCACUGUGGAGCUCUGUAACUCCCAAGGACAGAAGCUUCCCAGGAUCACCAUGACCUGCCCAACACCUUCUCCAAAAUACCUCUGUCGCACUGAGACUAGGCAUGCAGCUUGACAGACAAUACAAUCACUGCAGCAUUACUGAGUACUGCCCCUUUAAAGGGAUAGUUUACAUGGAAGUUCAUCAUUCUUUACUCACCCUCAUGUCAUUCCAAACUUGUACAGUUGUCUUUCUUAAGUGGAAUACAAAAGAUGUUUAGCAGAAUUUUGACACUGCCAAAAAUCACACAAAUGAGAAUUGACAGCUACUGUAGAGGGGAAGUUUUUAAGUUAAUUAUUUAAAUGUUGGUCUGUUCCUCACACAAAGCUAUUGUGGCUUCAGAAGAAUUGGAAUGCAGUGCACAAUUCAUAUUGACUAUUGUUUUGGUACUAGCUUGACGUUCCAAAAGAGCUUGGAAUAGGGCAACAUGGACAUCCUGCCUAACAUCUUAUUUGUGUUCCACAGAAGAAAGAAAAUCUAAGGGUUUAGAAUGAUAUGAGUUUAAGUAAAUGAUGACAUAAUUUUCAUUGUUGGGUGAACUAUCCCUAUGCACUGCAAUUCAAAGUUAAUUCAUUUUGUUCAUGUUAAGAGACUAUAUAGCCAAAACAGACACAUAUGUGAAGUCUCUUGGCACUGUUCCCGAUUGCCCAGCAAUUAUUAGACAGGAGUUCAUAUCACUUCUGUGAGGUCCUCUGUUUAGUCAAGUCAUUGUUAAAUCACGUGUCAUCUUUCAUUUGGUUGCCAUGGAAAACUUAAGGAUCAUUAAGGCAAGCUAUGUCAGAACUAGACCCGGGGGCUGCACUGUUCCACAGGAACAAACUGAGAGGUACAGGAAGUGCCUAAGAGGAGCUAUAUAAAGUCUUGCUAUACAUUUUACGGGAUGUUAAGACCCCUGGGGUACAAAUCAUUUGUCUGUCUUACUAAAGAAUGGAAUAAUUUUUCUUCGCCUCACUCUUAAUGGAUUUAUCUUCUUUUUCUAAGUACAAUCAAUGCAAUUUGCUGAGUACAGCACAAUCUUAAAGUAAUAUACAGUAUGUACUUUAAUAAUAUGCAUUAGAGCUAUUGCUAUUGGCAAUAUACUGUAAAGCUGCCAUGUGCCAUUUAAGACAGUUCUUACCAGAACUACAUAAUUGUUUAUUUCAUGAUGAUUCAAUAGUACGUGGGAACUUCAUUUGUUCACAUUAAUGUUAUUAAUGAAACAAUGGUCCAAUGACCAGCUUCAGUUUUUGACUUUGCACUGUGUUAUACUGCAGAAAUAAAAUAUAUAUACU